CUGCCAUGAAACCGAAGAAGAAAAGAAGAAGAAGAAGAAGAAGAAGAAGAAGAAGGAUCAGGAAGUUUCCCGUCAAACAAAAGGCGGCAAAAUGGAACCAGUGGACAGAAAAGACUUCCCGGUACUCGUCGAUGAAACAAAUCAAGAAUGCAGAGUACAACUUACGUCUAAAAGACAGGCUAUAGCGCAGAUGAAUUUGUACAAAGGCAUUUUAAAAAAAGCUCUCGAUGGACAAGCGGGAAUUGCUGAGGAAACAAAGCGAGUUUUACUUCAGGAGCUGCUGGCGAACUUUGAGUCUGCAGUCCAUCAAAACGUGUUAGUGAAUGGACAAACGUGGGAGGAUGCCCCGGAUGUAGAUGCUGAGGACGACGGCAAUGACUUGAAGGGACAGCUGGACGACGCCAUCGUUGAGACGACGAGCAGAAGAGGCUCGUACCCCCGACGCAUCCUGCCUUAUGUGGUCCAGGCUCUUAAAGCUGAGCGCAAACUCCUGGGCCAUUAUGAAGAACCAGUCAGAGCUCAGCAGGUGGUCACAGACCCUUCAGCGGUAAACUUCAUGAAAGAUGUGGCCGCUGCAGCGCCUGCAUUGGUGAAACAGGCUAGGCAGGUCAUCAAGUCCAUCUGUACUUUGCAGCAGCAGACGGAAGGUCUGUGUCAGGUUGUCAAAGGUUGUCAAACGCAUUUCCAAGUGGACAACGACGUGUUCGGCGGCAGCGGCCUAUCUGCAGAAGCCCCGCCACCUACAGUAAACUGCACAUCGUCGACCAAGCAACCAAUCAGAAGAGUUGUGAUGGACAUGGAAGCCGCAGGCGCCUACAUGGCCAUCAAACAUGAAUAUGAUGGAGACGCAAAGUGAAGACAAUUCAUUAGGAUUGCUUGGAAUGAGGUUGGGAGAAGUCUGUGCUUUUUCUUUUGGACACGAUCAUUUUUCACACUUUAAACAUUUUUGAUUGUUAACAUUUACAGCCAUAAAGGAAACUAGAUAAAGCAAUUUCUGUAGAAA